UAUAAAGAGCAGACCGACCUCCUUAGCCUCCCCUUCCCUUCCCUUCCCUCGGUUCGAACACAAGGAUUUUCUAGUCCUCCGUCUGUGUCUCCUCCUCCUCCUCUUUGCGCUCUACCAGUGCUCGAGAAUCGUCGAAGACGCAAGCGGCGUUAGGGUGGGUGCCUUUGCAUGCAGCGUAGAUGGAGAAGCUGGAAGUUGCUGAUUUUGUGUUCAACCGAAUCCAAAAGAUUGAACCAGAGAAUGCUAUGAAACUCAUUGGUUAUCUUCUUUUGAAGUACACACAAAAGGAGUUACUGGAGUUUGCACUGGGACCAGACAAUCAUAUCCUUUCUCUGAUCAAUGAAGCCAAAGCAUAUAUUGCAUUGUCACGAAAGGCGAAUAUGGCUCUUCCUAUGCAAUUGCAAUUCCACCAAGAUUCACAGUUUCGCUACAUGCCUUCUUCCCCAACUUUUUCAAGAACUAUCUCUUCGCCUUCUAGCCUUCGAAUUGGAGUUCCCCCGUUUGCUCGUCGGCUAUCUACUGAAGAAAUGUUGCUUCCUCAAAAUAUAGAAUCCUUGCCUUCUUUGAAUACUGAUUUGAUGGGUCUUGAUAAACAAACUGCAUUUUGGGCCUUGAAGGAUCAGUCAAAUGAUAUGAAUCACUUUGGUGUGGACCACUCAAAAAGUUACUGCUUGCCUGAUGCUGCAUUUGCUGAUGGUUUCUGUUCCAGGAGCAACGUACAGUUGCGCCAAGAGUUGAUUGAAUCAUCUCCAAAAGCUUGUCAUUACUUUUAUAAGGGAUACUGUAAGAAUGGCAUCAACUGUCGGUUUUUCCAUGGUCAGGUAACUCCUAAGCAGUUUUCAGAUGUGCAUGAAGCAAAAUUUGAUGACUUUGGUAGUGAGGAUCAUUCGAUCCCACCAUGGUCAUUUGAUAAAUUGGAAUCGGAGAUCAUGGAUUUACUGAAAUCAAAGCGAGGGGCUCCUAUUUCUAUAUCCUCUUUGCCAAUCUUGUACCAUGAAAAAUAUGGUAAAUUGCUUCAAGCUGAUGGUUAUCUUACAGAGAGCCAACGUCAUGGUAAGAGUGGCUUCAGCUUGACGAAGCUGCUUAACAAGUUGAAUCAUAGCAUUCAACUGAUAGAAAGGCCGCAUGGGCAACAUUCAGUUAUACUUGCAGAAGAUGCUCCCAAGCAUAUUGAGUACAGGAGCGAGAGGGGCGAUCAAUUUGGAUUUCUUUCAAGUUCUCAUCAGAUAUACCUUACUUUCCCUGCCGAAAGCAUGUUUUCGGAGAAAGAUGUUUUCAAUUAUUUUGAUCAGUAUGGCCCUGUUCAUGAUGUGAGGAUUCCACGCCAAGAGAAGCGAAUGUUUGGGUUUGUGAGCUUCCUCUGUUCAGAGACUGUACAAGUUAUUUUGGCAAUGGGUCAUCCACAUUACAUUUGUGGUUCACGUGUUCUUGUUAAGCCAUACAAGGAAAAAUCAAAACUUACAGACAAGAAGUACUCAGAGAAGGAGCCUUCUGUAUGUUUCCCUUCUCAAUGUUUUGCAGUGGACCACAACACGGACACAAUGUUCAAUACAUCUGAAUGUGCCGGAUAUCUCCACAGUCAGCUAUCUGAAGAUCAUGAACUUGCUAUUGAACUAGAGAGAAGACGGUUGCUUGAGCUGCAGCUGAACCCAGGCCGACUGAUAUCACAAUCAUAUUUCAGCAACAAAAUAAAUGAGAAUGAUGUCAACACUAAUUCCACUUACUUAGUGAGUGGUUUCGGUAGUGAUUACAUGGCUAAGCAGGCAAUGAAUAAUUAUAAUGAUAGAAAGAGUGACCACAUCGAACUCCCGGAUAGUCCUUUUUAUUCACCUGAGAUAGGAUGUAGCAUCUCCACAGUCAUAUAGAGCUUGACAAGAACUUUACCUAGAUUUUUAUAGGGUGAUUCAAAGUUUUACAGAUCUUCUCAAUCUUUCAGAGGAACUCAAUCCACAAGAAAUCAACAUCGGAUGAUACCUUCUUCGAUGAGGCCAUACAUAUGAUAGAAAAGCUACAUGAAAAUAUAGGAACCAUAGUUUUCGAUGUUAAAUAUCGUGUCGUUAGAUUUAGCAAACAAUGUCGACUCACAUACUUCUUACAAGGAUAGAGCAUGUAUUUACUAUUCUCAAACGUUCCAGGAUAAGUACUAUAGUUCUCUUUUUCCAAAAUUUAUUCUUGGCCACAACAUCAAACUAGGUUGGCCAUCUGACUUUGUUUCUUUUGAUGUAUGGUCGUGUUGAAUUCCUCUGGCAUGUUUCUAGGCAUUCUUUAAUUCUGAACCAAGCACCGAAUGGGGAAGAAAAGGCAAUGGCACAUGAAGCUUGGGAAAUCCUUGGACCACUUUCAUGUGAUCCUUCUCAUUUCUCAUGACUUCCCUACUAUAACUAUGCCAUUAUUGCACAAGGAAAAUCUAGUUGGAUUUGGUCCCCUUUUAUCCUGCACAGAUACUGCUUCAUCGUGUGAUCGGACGGAUCUAAUUUUCAGUUCGCAUUGUCUGGUAGGUCCUGGCACCUUGAGGUUUGAUCCUUGUCACCAUUGCUGGCCCCAUGGCAAUCCUCUUGGCUUGGGGCCACGACUCUCCUCACUGGAUCGCAUUUAGCUAAAAUAAACAAGGACGGCCGCUCAAUGACGAUUAUGAGAUUAGGUUCGUUGUCUGCUUUAGGUCGCGGUGGAUUGCAUGGAUGGCAGUGGAGGAUUGCAUUUCGUCGGAAGUCCCUUUCGGAUUUCGAUUGCUGAGACUGCUCCACUUUCAAAUUUCCGGUCCAUGAGAAACGCACAGAGCCAGGCUUCUGAUCUCAUCACUUGGAUUUGGUUUGGUGUGUGUAAUUUAAUCACUGUGUGUUUCAGCGGUUUUGGUUUGUUGUGUUUGUUUAUAGAACAAUGAUUUGAGUGAACUGAGACUUCACUCGUCAACUUGAUUGAACAAGUUUUUUAGCUACUUUUCAA